GUGCGUGGCCAACGCCCGUCGUAUAUAACCAGGACCAGUACACGGUACAAAGGACAAGGCUGAAAAGCAAACGAUCCAUCGAGCUCAUCGGCCAAGAAUCUAUAGCUAGCUAGCGCGUCCAGGUCUCGGCACAAGCAGGCGAUGGAGAGGAAGCCGACGAAGAAGCACGCGAGGAGCAGGAGCGGCGCGCUGGCGUCCUUCCUCAGGUCCACGGCCGCCUCCUUCUCCUCCUCCACGGCCACCACCUUCGGCUCCCGCCCCGCCGGCGGCGGCAAGGCGUCCUUCAACCACCGCAACGCCUUCUCCGGCCCCAUGGUCUCCAUCGUGCCGCCCGAGGCGCGCGGCGGCGGCGGCAGGAGGCGGGGCGGUAGUAAGCAGGGGGGCGGCAGCGGGUACCGGACGCCCGAGGCCUCGUCGCCCAAGGUGUCGUGCAUCGGCCAGAUCAAGCGGAGCAAGUCCAAGACCAGCAAGGCCAGGAAGGCGGCAAAGAACGUCGCCCCCGCGGCCGCCUGCGGGAUGGACGGCGGCGCCUGCCCCAUGCCGCCGCGGCCGCCGGUCCACAGCAGGCCAAAGAGGUCGCUCGUCAGGCGGAUGUUCUCCCGACGGAGCAGGUCGCGGCCUUCGUCCUCCUCCUCGUCCCACAAGUCGAGCGGCGCUGCCGAUCUUUUCAAGGGGAGGCCGGGGAGCAGCGCCGCCGUGGCCGCUGCGCCGGUGUCGGGGCCGGGGAUGGCAGGGCUGGGGCAGAUGAAGCGGUUCACCAGCGGGCGCGGCGCGUUCCAGGACUUCGACUGGAGGGAGGCGGAGAGGAGGGGCUCCGACGUCGACGUCGACGACGAUUACGUGGACGACGGGUUCGUGGCGUUCUCGGCGCCGCUGGUGCUGGGCGGCGGGGUGGUGGCGUCGGAGCCCAGGAAGGAGGUGAACCUGUGGCGGCGCCGCCCCAUGUCCCCUCCCACUCCUCUGGAGCUCCCCUGAGAGCGGACGCCGCAGCAGCUAGGACCUGCAUGGCUGCCACACAUGCAGGGCACGCCAAAUGUGUCGUCUGUUCUUUCAUUAGUUUGUGUACAGAAGCAGUAUACUUCUACGUGAUGCUCAUAAUACAAAGUAGUAGUGUCGAUUUUGAUUUUGUAAAUGUGUGAUGGUCGUGUAUUCCUGAAGGAAUUAAAGAAUUUUUUUUAAAUCA